GGAUCCGGGAGGCCAAGGGGAGCCGUCGUCCCCACCGCACAGAGGCGGGCCCCGGGGCUGGCGGCGCCGUCCGGGUCGGGCUCGGGAAGCCGGUGCCCGAGCCCCCGGCCCGCCCCGCCCUCAGCCUGCCAUGGCGGCCGCGCCCACGACCCCGGCCCAGGGCAGCGUGACUUUUGAGGAUGUGGCUGUGUACUUCUCCUGGGAAGAGUGGGGGCUCCUUGAUGAGGCUCAGAGACGCCUGUACCACGAUGUGAUGCAGGAGAACCUUGCACUUGUGGCCUCACCAGGUGGCUGGCAUGGAGCAGAGGAUGAGGAAGUGUCUGAAGAGAGUGUGUUUGUAGAAGGAGUAUCACAGGUCAGGACUCCCCAGGAAGAUCUUUAUACUCAGAAAACACAACCCUGUGACAUGUGUGUCCCACUAUUGAAAGACAUUUUGCACUUGGCUGAGCACCAAGGAACUUAUCCCAGAGAGAAAUCGUUCAUGUGUGGGGCAUGUGGCAAACAAUUUCACUUAAGUGCAAACUUUUACCAGCAGCAGAACCAGCACAUUGCAGAGAAACCCUUCAGAACUUAUGUGGACAGGACCUUGUUUGAGAAGAACUGUGAAUUCCAUGAGUCAGAGAAGCCCAUUACCUGCAGGGAGGUAGGGAAGAGCUUCUUGACUAGUUCGGGACUUCUUCAGCAACAGGCCAGCCACACCAGGGAGAACCCAAACUAUGGCACCGAGUGUGGAGUGGCCUUUCAUGGCGGAGAAAGUGAUUGCAGGUAUACAGAGUACAAGAAAGCCUUCAGCCACGAACAUGCACUUGUUCAGCAUCAGAGAGUCCAUGCUGGAGACAGGCUCUAUGAGUGCAGCAAAUGUGGGAAAACCUGCAAACGAAGAUCUAACCUCAUUCAGCACCAGAAAAUCCACACUGGAGAAAGGCCUUUUGAAUGCAAUGAAUGUGGAAAAUUCUUUACCCACAACUCCCGGUUCAUUCAACACCAGAGAGUUCAUACUGGCGCAAGGCCUUAUAGGUGCAGCAAAUGUGGGAAAUCCUUUAGCCAGAGCUCUGGCCUCAUUCAUCAUAGGACAGUUCAUACUAAUGAAAGGCCUUAUGAGUGCAGUGAAUGUGGGAAAUCCUUUAGCCAAAGCUCUGGCCUCAUCACACAUUGGAGAGUUCACAGUGGAGCAAGGCCUUAUGAGUGCGGUCAAUGUGGGAAAUCCUUUUGCCAAAGCUCUGGUCUAAUUCAACACCGGAGAGUUCACACAGGAGCAAGGCCUUAUGAAUGCAGUGAGUGUGGGAAAUCCUUCAGUCGCAAAUCACACCUCAUUCAACACCAGACAGUUCACACUGGAGCAAGGCCUUUUGAGUGUGGUGAAUGUGGGAAAUCUUUCAGCCAAAGUUCUAGUCUCAUUCAACAUCGGAGGGCUCACACUGGGGAAAGGCCUUAUGCCUGCAGGGAAUGUGGGAAGGCCUUCAGUCGAAGGUCUUACCUCACUGGGCACCAGAAACUUCACACAGGAGAAAGGCUUUAGAUGUUUGGGGACUGUCCUAUUUAUUCAUUAUAACGUUGGAAGAGAAUCUUUGUGACGGAAUCAUCUGUCUGAAUUUAAUGUCAUAGGGAAACACUCACAGUGGGGAGAUCCCCCAGAAGCUCCAGGUCCAUGGGAAGCUUCAAGGAGCUGUGUUGCACUCUAACCUGCCCAGGGCCCUUGUCUUUUGAUUUCUGUCGCUGCCGUUUGCUGUGGCAGCAGCCUUUUCACUUCUGUCUCCCUAACGUGAUCAGGAAAGCAGGCUUCUGUGCUCUAUCUCAAUCACUGGAGGAAAUCAUGAGUAGCCUGAGCCCUUAAGGAAUCUUGUUUCUUUCCCUGUGACAAGGUGGGGCAUAGAUUUCACUCACUUUUGGCUUAGAGGACCUGAUCUUUGUUCUGCUGGUGCCUGCAGAGAAGGACAACCAUUUUCAGGGACAUUGAUGGUCUCAAGUGAUGCUUGUGAUGGAAUUUUCCAGCCUCCAAGUGAUCAAUGUGGGAAAUACCUACCUCACCUCACUCUGGUUUGCUUAAGCCACCUUUAAUCUUGAGGGUUUUAUUCAUUGUGUGGGUUGGGUUGAAGACAGAAUUGUAUUCUGUCGGCUUGAAGGAGUGCGUGGUUUCUGUGCACAUCCCAAAGUGCCUCAGGGGACAGUAGGAGGGCAGGAAAUGCCUCUCCAGUUGGGCCUGGUUUGCAUUGCUGCCCUAGGCCUCCUAGGAAAGACUGCAGGGCUUUGUGGCUCUAAUUUGUGGCCUGGUUGCCAGAUUUGUUGUGCACUCAGAGGCCACCCUGAGGAGUGGCAAUUGUGUGUCCAGUGCUUCUGGGAGCAGCCUGACUGGGAUAUCACGUAAUGCCCAGCAUUGCUGAGGGAACUCUUACCCCGUAGGUCCUUCAGUGGAGCCACGUGCCCUGACGUCCAGAACUGAGUAAGCUAGUGUCCCUGGUUGUGAAGUUAGAGAGGCAGGGGAACUGCAAUUGGUGCAGAAACACUGGAUUAUGAGAGAGUAGAGGAGACUGCAGCAUAGUUGGGAUGUGCCUUUUCUAAAAGUGCAUCCACAAAUAUGCCAGUGAGGUGUGCGGGAUGAGUGUAUAUGAAUUCUCAGGACCCCCAGGUCUGUGGGUCUUUCUAGCUAAGGUCUUUGUCAGAGAAAGAGAGAGGAGAGAGACGGCGCAGUCCGGGGUGUGGCUCCUGUGCCCCAGCCGCGUUCCCGGUGGCCCAGGUGGAAAUGGCCUUCACUGUUUGGCAAUAUUUUCUGCUCCUAAGGCAAGGCUGCCCCUCCCGUGAGGGGAGAGAUGGCAGAGUCAAUAUGGAGUUUUCAAACCUGUAUUUCCAGAGAGUGGGAGAGCUAAUUUAAAGCUUUAUUAGGGUGUAACUGACAUGCAAUAAACUACACUAUUCGAAGUGUACAAUUUAAGUUUUGACACAGGUGUAAACCUGUGAAACCAUCGUAAUCCUGAUAAUGAAUAUAUCUGUCGCCCCUAUAUUUGCCUCAUGCUCUGUUUUAAUCUUUAUUUCUUUACAAUAGAUGAGUGUCCAUUUUCCAGAAUUUUAUGUAAUUGUAAUCCUUUACUCUUACUUCUGGUUCUUCUCAUACUGCAUAAUUAUUUUGAGAUUCAUCAAUGGUGCUUAUAUGAGUAAUUCAUUCUUUUUACCUUGCUGUAUAGUAUGCUGUUGUAUGCAUAAACCUUUAUUUGUUUACCCAUUCAUCUAUGGAUAUUUGGGUGGUUUCCAGUUAUUGGCUAUAGCAAAUAAAGCUCCUACAAACAUUUGUGUACAAUUCUUUCCAUUGAUACAUAUUCCAUAUAUCUGGUGCUAUUACCUCAGAGUGCAAUGCUGACUCACAAGGUAGGUGUAUGUUUAACUUUUUAAGAAACUACCAAACUGCUAUCUAAAAUGGUUGUUCCCUUUUGCAUUCCCUUCAGCAAUGCAAUCCCUCAUCCUUGCCAGCACUUGGUAUUGUAGCCAUUUUAACAAGUGUGGAGCAGUAUCUCACUGGAGUUUUAAUUGCAUUUCCCUAAUGAUUCAUGACAUUGAGCUGUUUUGUGUGUUUAUUUGCUACUUGUAUACCUUUUUAAUUAAAAAAUGUUUAUAUAUUUUUCCUUUUUAAAAUGAAUUUUGUCUGAUUAUCCCUUUUUGUUAACAGGUAAGACAGACAUCUGUGGGAGCUUCCCUCAUGUGUCAGUAUUUGGCGUGUGGAAUAGCUGUUUUUGAAUACU